ACCAGGAACCGACACUGCCUGGAAGCAAAGGUGGCUGCGUGUCACCUCCGUGUUCGCCUCGCAGCUCGCACCACGACCUCAUCACGGCACGGGCACCCUCCCCUCCCCCGUUCCCCCCACCCGCGAUCUCCGCGCAGGGAGCUAGCUCGGCAGGAAGGCAGGCCUCCACCCACCGCCCUCCUCCUCUCGGUCUCCGUGCUCUCUCGCCGAACCCACCCCCUCCCUCCCCAGAUCCGGCGACGCCCGCCUCCACGCUCCGCUGCGCUCCCCCUCACCUGCCCGGCGGACACGUCGCGCCUCCACCGCGCGAUCUGAUGCGCCCGCACGCGGUCGCCAGCGGCGAUGCGGUGGAAGCUUAACUCGUCGGCGUACAAGCGCGUGCCGUCCAGGGAGGCCACCAUGGAGCCCGACGUCGAGACGCCGAUGAGGACGACGGACGCUGGCGCGGGCCCGUCGUGGCGCAUGUCGCUGCCGCACGUCUGCGUCGCCACGCUCACCUCGUUCCUCUUCGGGUACCACUCCGGGGUGGUGAACGAGCCCCUGGAGAGCAUCUCCGCCGACCUUGGCUUCUCCGGCAACACCUUCGCCGAAGGACUGGUGGUGAGCAUCUGCUUGGGUGGAGCCUUUAUCGGGUGCCUGUUCAGUGGCUCCGUCGCUGAUGGAAUUGGGCGUCGCCGGGCGUUCCAGCUCAGUGCGCUGCCCAUGAUCAUUGGUGCUGCAAUAAGUGCUCUCACCAAUAGUUUGGAGGGUAUGCUUCUAGGAAGAUUUUUGGUUGGAACGGGGAUGGGAUUGGGCCCACCAGUAGCUUCACUAUAUAUAACGGAGGUUUCUCCUCCUACAGUGAGGGGUACAUAUGGCAGCUUUGUUCAGAUUGCGACCUGUCUUGGAAUCAUUGUAUCGCUCCUAAUUGGUACACCUGUUAAAGAUAUUGAUAGAUGGUGGAGAGUAUGUUUCUGGGUUGCAGCUAUCCCAGCAACUUUACAAGCUCUUGCUAUGGAGUUCUGUGCUGAGAGCCCCCAGUGGCUAUACAAGUGUGGAAGAACAAUUGAAGCAGAGAUGCAAUUCGAAAAGCUUCUAGGCCCCCUUCAUGUAAAAUCAGCCAUGGCAGAACUUUCUAGAUCUGAAAGAGACGAUGGAGAAAGUGUAAAGUACUCAGAAUUGUUCAAUGGUCGCCACUUCAAUGUUGUUUUUAUUGGAUCGGUGCUCUUUGCUUUACAACAGUUAUCUGGCAUCAAUUCUGUGUUCUAUUUCUCCUCAACUGUGUUCAGAGGUGUAGGGGUGCCUUCUAACUUUGCCAACAUUUGCAUGGGGAUUUCGAAUCUAGCAGGCUCAAUUAUAGCAAUGGUUCUAAUGGACAAGCUGGGUAGAAAAAUGCUUCUUUCAGGGAGUUUCCUUGGGAUGGCCUUUUCGAUGGGGCUUCAGGCUAUUGGAGCAAACCGUCAUCUUGGUUCUACAAGUGUAUAUCUUUCAGUUGGUGGCAUUCUGUUGUUUGUCUUGUCAUUUUCAUUGGGAGCAGGCCCAGUUCCAGGACUUCUUUUGCCUGAAAUCUUCCCCAACAAAAUACGAGCGAAGGCUGUGGCUCUCUGCAUGUCUGUGCAUUGGAUUGUAAACUUCUUUGUUAGUCUUCUGUUCUUGCGUCUUCUGGAGCAACUUGGUCCACAGGUUCUGUACACAAUAUUUUCAUCAGUCUGCGUGGUAGCUGCAAUAUUUGUGCGGCGCCAUAUCCUUGAAACAAAGGGAAAGACUUUGCAAGAGAUCGAAGUUUCACUCCUACAAGCACAAUAAAGGUUCUAUCCAUGCGGUAGGGAUUCGACAUUGAUUGGAAUCUGACGCUACAGUGCUUGCUGAAUACCAACCAGGUGGGCUAGUAUCCUGCUUGCUGAUUCCUGAAUCAAGUCAUCUCUUGAAAACGGGCGAUGCCCUGCAAUGGUCUCAGGGAAGUUCCAGACAUGCGCCUGCGACCGCCAGGGCAUCCCGGUUUCUGCAUAGACAUGUACUGAGGUUGUGCCUGUAUAGCCCGCCUUUAGGUAUAGGAUACCAUGUAUUGUCUUCUUUUAUAUUUUUAUAUAUACAUACGUGUUAAAGUAUCAGUAAGAAGAUACUACGGUUGGCUGUUGAUGAGCACGGUUAAAACGGGGAAUAUUUCAUCAUUUGCAUUACAUGUAGUAUGUUCAUGUUCCGAAUAAUUAAGAACACUGCACGGCAUGUGUUUGGACGGAAGAUGUGUAUUCCAGCGCAGGCUUCAAAUUCUCAA